GGCAAAUUCAGUUGCCAUACGUUUCGUUUUUACUGUCUCUUGUGCCAAAACACUGUGUAGCCCUACUGGUUUGGAAUAGAUGCUUCUACCUCGAACAAAGACACACGAAGGCUCUGCAAGAUAAAGACGCAGCCAAGGAGCCAGAGAGGAAGCAGCUCGGUGACAUCGUUUCAAAAUUCACCAUCACGUCUGGAUUGGAUUUCAUGUGGGCCUGGAAUUAUAUGUGAAAGUGUCUAGGGGCUGUUAUGACAUAGACUCAUCAUUUAGUCUCGAAAUCCAAAAGACUUAUGCAGGGGCAUGGAUAACAUUGUAAGGUCUACCUUACACUAAAAAGAAGAAACUCUCUGGGUCUACCCUGGUUUGUGCAACAAACAUCUUAAUUUCUAUUCUCAAUACUGCUGUAAAUGUAGAAACGUGACAGAAUUCCUGGGUAUAUUAUUUGUGUUUUGUGUCCAGCUUAUGCAGACUAAAAAUGGAGGAGGAAGUUGAUCCUGAUCAGGAAAAUGCCCAAAUUGUCUUAAAUCAGGAGUACCCUGAGCUAUUGCACAUACUCACUCAUCAACCAUCAACAACUCUUAAGGAAUUAUGUGCGCUUCCAUUGACUUCCAAUGCAGGGGUGGUCAUCUGUCCCACUAGUUCUCCUGCAGCGAUGGCAAAAGAUGUAUUGGACUACUACAGGUCAGCAGAGUCUUCAAUGUGCCGCGACUUUCUCCAGCGCAUAUGCAUGUUAUGUGAGAACAUCCCUAUGUGGCUGGAAUCAAGGCUUAUGUCAGUGUCUGGAAGUCCAACCAAUGUGUCUGACAGCUAUAGACUACACGCAACAGAGUCGUUGGAUAAGCACAUCAAUAAAAGACCCCGCAUCGAUCACUGGGAGCAGUUUAUUACUUCAGUCAAAGGUUUGUUGAGAAUGAAGUGGGAAGCCAUGAGGAAACGACUGGUGUUGGAUGUGGAACUGGAUCAAGUGUGGGUCAGUGUGAAGAGAGCAAACAGAGCCAGAAACACACCAGACCAAACACCUGGUUCUGGUGAUGGAGGCAGCAAAACACCCGAUUUGGAUGUGGAGUGUGGGUUUUCAGAGGCUAGAGUAACACUGGACACCUUCCUUCAAGGCAGUACGGGAAAAGUCACUAUUUUGUAUGGGAAGCCCGGAUCAGGAAAAACAAUUCAUAUGUCUCAUUUAGGAGAGCUUUGGGCGUGUGAUUUGGGGCAUAUCCCUUCUUCCCACUUAUUUAUUCUGCUUGAAUUUCGCCACCUCAAUUUAUUGUCCCAAACCUUGUCUUUUUAUGAUCUACUGUUCCAGUAUUAUCCAUCUCCGCAAGGGGGAGAAGAUGAGAAGAUAGCCAUUGUGGACUAUCUUCUGUCUAAUCCAGAGCAAAGUUGUUGGAUUCUGGAUGGCUAUGAUGAAUUUCAAUUCAAUCUUUAUAAGAGAGACUACAACAAUGCACAGUUGGACCCCAGAAGCCCCCGGCCUGUUGCCGAGCUCAUCGCAGCCUUGUUACACAGGCACAUUCUUCCAGGCUGCACAGUAGUUUUCACCUGUCGUGUGCGUGAUGUCACAGAUUUAGAGCGCAAAGCAGAGAAAGUGGGAGAACUUCUUCCUUGGAACCACCAUAAAAUUAAGGAGUAUGUACAUAAAUACUUUCAACACAAAGGUAAUUUAGCUGCUGGAAAACACGCAACAAAACUGCUCUUCUCAAACAAACGCCUUGUUGCCAUGUCGUCCAUCCCUGCACUCUGCAACAUCUCCUGCAUUUGCUUAGAAUACUUUCUUCAGGAAAUACAACAAUGUGGUGAGGACAAAGCAGAUUUAAAGAAACACAACAAAGAAAUGCAAUCUAUCCUUCAGAUGCCUUCCACCCUCACCGGUGUUUACCUCACAAGUAUUGGAACGUUUCUUAGCCACUUGAAUCAGGCAAAGAGUGCUGAAGUAAGGCUCUCAUCAAGCACUAUUCUCCCACUGACAAGUCUUGUGAGCAACUAUAAGUCUGAGCUGAGUGAACUGUUUGAACUGGCCUGGAAUGGUUUAGAGACAGGAAAAAUCGUAUUUCUUGAAGAAGAGAUUCCUCACAGAAUCUUACAUUUUUCCAUAGUGGCAGGGUUCAUUUCAGAGACUGAACUGAGACAGAAUGGAAUACUGGUCAAUGUGUAUUGCUUUGCACAUCUCACUGUGCAAGAGUUUCUUUCAGCGCUCAAAAUAAUGACUAGUGUUGAUGACAAAGAGCUCAAAAACCGGCUCAGUCUAAAAACCCGCUGGCCUAGCAAGUCAGACCAGAAGACAGUCUUCACCAACUCCCUCCAUCGGUUUCUGUCAGGUUUGGCCUCACCACACUGUUCAGCUCUCCUUGCACUCCUGACCAAAGAGGAUCACAGUUUUGUCCAUAAACGUCAGGAAACUGUGAAAAAAUGGCUCCAACAAAUGUGUCACACCCACAUGACUGGACCAAAGGUUUUGGAGCUUUGCCACUGUGUCCAGGAAAGCCAGGACAAACAACUUUCCAAACAACUCAUGAGUGUAAAACCCAAACUUGAACUCCACAACAUUACCCUGUCUCCUAAUGAUCUAGAUGCUCUGGCCUUCGUGGUGAACUCCAGUGAGGAGAGAAAUAUUGCUUUAGAUUUUCGAGCAUGUUCAAUAGAACUAGAUGGUUUGGAGCUCCUAUCCCAGUGUGAUACAAUUACCAACCUCAGUUUCCACAGCCGCAAAUAUGAAGACAGUUUUGCUGAGAAAUUAUCCACAAUUUUACCGAAACUUUCUUCUUUGAAAAAACUCAGUGUCUGUGAUGCACGCAUGAGUGCAAUAGGUGCAGCUCAUUUGGCUUCUGCUUUGGUGGAGUGUCGAUGCAUUACUGAAAUAAAUUUCAGUGGCAACAAUCUUCGAGAUGAUGGGACAAAACAUAUCACUGAUAUCCUGCCUAAGCUCCCACAGCUUUCCUUUGUAAAUCUUGGCCAAAACAACUCAAGUCUACAAGCAGCAGUCUAUCUGACAAAAGAAAUAGCUUCAAUGAACGUCCAGCGUAUUUAUAUCGAUGGUAACACUGAAGAGCUAAUGGUAACCUUUGACCCAAACCAGGACAGGCAUAGUCACAAAGCUGAUUCUCGAGCAGAGAUUAGUUUAUUAAAACAGAAAUGGAAUAAAACUGAGAUGCAAAAACUUGCACAUUCACUCAGUCAGUACCCUUCAGUGUCUGUUCUCAAUUUGUCCGGCCAGUUGAAAGUUGAAACCUUAAAGGUGCUUGUACUGUUCUUGCCAAAGUUACACAUCACAGAAAAGAUUACUUUGAAAGGCUGCUGCUCCUCUUUGGAAGCUGUGCUCGUUCUCACCUCAUUCAUGUCUCAGUGCACCACAGUCAGUGAGAUUCACAUCAGGAGAAAAAGCCCUUCUGAAGCCGUGAUUGUUUUUAAUGCCAGUUGUGUGUCUAAAUCAUUAAGGGUGAACAACAGCAGCUUUAAGCCAGGAGAUGUCACUGCACUAUGUAACAAGCUGAUCCUGUGUCAUGCAUUUUUGGAGUUGGAUUUGUCUCAGAGCCCACUAAAAGAUGGCACAAUCCAGAACUUAGUUGAAGUCCUGCCAAAGAUGACUUCACUCAAAACGCUCCAAUUGAACGGCUGCAUUGUAUCCACAAACGGAGCUCUCAUUUUGGUCAAAGGACUUACUGGCUGUGAGCGAGUGAAAUCUGUGCAGCUCAGUUUACAGAGAGAGUCCAGAGUCACUUUCGACGAAACAAAGUCAGACCGAUUCAGCUGUCGGUUCAGUUACUUCAGUCUGGACGGGGACAGCUUGGGGGGGCUGGUAGAGGCACUGCAGAGUCGACCUCAACUGUCUGAACUGGAUCUUUCAAGCAAUAAAUUGGAUGAUAAAGACAUUAAACAUUUUGUGAACUUCCUGCCGGGGCUUAAUGUCAAUAACUAUAUAAAUUUGAGCGACAAUGAUUUGAAGCAGCCCGGGAUGCUAGAUGUGGUUAACACGCUAUCCACAUGUGACAGUGUUUCUGCAGUCGAGGUUUGCUUGGCAGAAGAUCCAAAGUGCAUCAUCUGGUUUAAACAGUGCAAAAAGCAGGAGAAAUAUCUAAGGGUCACCGGGGCAACUCUGACUCCUGACCACCAAAAGCAGUUAGUCCAGAUUAUGUCCAGUUGUCAACUUCCAGUCAAACUAGAGAUAAAGAACAGUUUUUCAAGCUCUGUCGAAGAGUUUGUUGAACUGUUUGACAGCAGCUGUGCCGGAUGCACUGUAAAUAUUGAGGAGUCCUGGAUCAGAUCAGAGGAAGCUGUGCGACUGCUCUGUCACUGUCUGGAGCUUAACAGAAACAUUAGCUCAAUCAGGAUACAACAGACAACAUUAUGCCUGCAUUUGGAGAACUCUAACAACCCAAGCCAGUACUCAGUUUGUAACAUCCUUUCACUCCUUCAUUUGAGUUUGGUGAACUGUGAGAUACAGGGAAGACAUCUUGCACUCAUGAAGGACAUUCUUGAGAGAUGUGUUCACCUGACGGAGUUAGAUUUGUCACACAACUACCUUGGUGAAAUUGGCGCUGAGUUUCUUUGUUCUGUCAUCCCCUCAUUGCCAAAGCUGGUUUCAUUGAGAGUUGACAAAGACAGAUGUGCACAUUUUGCUGAAAUACUUUGUAAGUCCUUGUUGCAGUGUAAUGAUCUUCUCUACUUAAGCCUCUCAGGUUAUGUGAUAAGUGAGAUUGCAGCUCAAAUGAUUACAAGUGUGUUACCUCAUCUUAAAUCAAUAAAUCUGUCACACUGUUCCUGGUCAAAUUCCGGAGGAGUGCAACUCAUCAGAAGUUUGGGACAUUGUGAACAUCUUGAGGAGCUUUGUUUGAAUUUUGUGCAGCUUGAUCAAGAAAGCAAAAUGUGCCUAGUCCAGUCACUACCAAGAGCCAAAACAUUACGUCGUCUCAAGCUCAGAAACGUAUCUACAUCAGGCGUGUUCAAUGUCCUUGUUGCAGUGAAGGAGCUUGUACAUUUGGAAGAUUUAGAAAUGAACAACUGGAAGAUGCUCGAUAAUGAAGUAGAGCUUUUAGUGAAGCUUUUCCCUCUCUGGACGCAUCUUCAAAAAAUCUGUUUGUCCCAAACCUUUAAUAAUGACCAAUCAGGCGACAAGCUCCUGGAGGCUUUGAAAAACUGCACUUGUCUGAAGGAGCUUCACAUAUCACGUAACAACCUGAGUGAUCUUACUGCAGCAAGAAUGGCACUUGUUUUCCCAUCACUGAUUCACCUGUGUGAGAUUGAUAUUUCAGAAAAUAAAAUUGGACCUAAAGGUUCAAUGGAUCUGGCUAAAGCGAUAUCAAGCUUAAAGAACCUGAUCAAGAUUAAUCUGACCUCUGUUGGAACAUCAGAGCUGUGUGCUGCUGUUGCUAGUCUGGCAAAUUGUCCUCAGAUACAGGAUGUGCGUAUGGGAUGGAAUAACUGUGGUGAUGAUGUGGCUCACACUCUGGUCAGAGUGCUGCAUGUUUGCCAAAGUUUGAAAAAAAUAGAUCUGGAGUGCAACCGUGUGAGUCUUGCUGGUGCUGAGGCCAUACUUGAAGCUUUGCAGUCUUGUCCCGCACUGCAAAUAAUCAGGCUGUGGAAAAACAGAGUAUCACCGACUGAUGCAGAGAAGCUCAGUUGGAAGGACAGAAGGCUCACUUUCUCCUCAACAUAAACUCUACUUGAUACUGGCAUGAUAUCACAGUAUGAUUUGGUCACAUAAGCUAAGUUACAUGAAGUAGAAUAAUAAUAAUACAAGAGUCCUGAAAUGUUUUCUGUGACCUGCAUAUGUGACAAGACAUGAUUAUGUUUCUAUGUUCUACCAAUAGACUUCUUCUAUAAAUGGUGCUAAACUGCAAAUAUUGGGACUACAACUUUCAAAACCUCAAACAAGAACAGAGUUGAAAUGCAAACUACAAAGUAGACCCAUCUGU